AAUGUAAAUUUCGUACCUAAAUAAAUAUGUAUAAACUCGAAAUACGUAAUAGAAUCGCCAUAUAUCUCGAUCAUCGAGAUUUAAUUAAUAAUAUAUAUAACAAGGAUGCUAAAGAAGCAGCAGAGAUUUGGGAAUUGCGAGAAGAGCUUUUCCAUUUUCAUGAACGUUUAAAAGAUAGUGAUGACCGGUGCAGUGCAACACAGGAACCAAAGACUGAAGUGAAGGACGUUCAAUUGGCAGGCGAACACAUUAAUGCGAGGAAAAGACAAAAAACAGAAUACAAAAAUGCAAUCGCAGCACUAACGCAUUUAAAAGCAUUAGCAGAGCAGAUUUUGCAGCGCCUAAAGCAAUGUAAACAAUUCGAAAAACAUACGGAUAAUAGUUUUCCACGCUAUUGGGAAGAAAUUACUAUCGAAGAUUUUCCCAUAUUUAAUGGUGUUAAUAAAACCGACACAUUCCAACGUUGUCAGUUUGGCGCGUUUUCUUACCUCAUACCACCGCAUUGCGAAUUUUUCAAUUGUAAUAUCGAAGAGUUAACAAAGUUACUACCGCAACUCAUGCCCAACUCAGUUGGUUACGAUUUAAUUGUAAUGGACCCACCUUGGCGAAACAAGUACAUACGCCGGUUAAAACGUGCGCGACAAGAACUUGCUUAUAAAAUGCUUAGUACCGAGCAGCUAAGUCAAAUUCCUAUGAUGCAGCUAGUGCAUAAACAUAGUAUAGUGGCCAUAUGGUGUACAAAUUCCAGAGAACUGCAACGUGCUAUUGUAGAGAAUUUGUUGCCGAAAUGGAACUUGCGUUUACUACACACAUUACACUGGCUAAAAAUUAAUACUAACGGCAAGUUAAUUGGACCCAUCGAUACAAGUGGUUUAAAGAAGCAGCCCUUUGAAAUGUUAUACAUAGCAUGUCACAUAGAAAGUGAACCAGAUUAUGGCACAGACUUGCAAAAUGUAUCGACGAUUUUGAGCGUGCCCAGUAUUAUACACUCACACAAGCCGCCUCUCAUACCUUGGCUAAAGGAUGUGCUUCCCGAAAACCCGAAAUGCCUGGAAAUAUUUGCUCGUUAUUUGCAGCCCCAAUUCACAUCUAUAGGAUUAGAAGUAUUAAAACUGAUGGACGAACGUUUAUACACUAAGCGCAGCUAUUUAUAAUGUGAAUAAAAUUAAGUUAUCAAAUUUAAGUUAUUUUUCAUUUUAUUGUUAAAUGUUAAUGAUAAAGUGUAAAUUACAUAUAUGAAGGCGACGUUGAUAUUGUACAUCGUCACAAGCGUUUCCUAUAGUUCAGUAGCGUACGGUAAAGUUUUAGGUUUUACUUUGUUUCAUUCAUUGAGAGAACUCAAAUAAAAAUUUUAUACGAAUAAAGGAUGUUGUGUUUAACAAAAACACAGUGCAAGUAAAAAUA